AGCCUUCGUGACGUCAAACAACGUCACAAACGUCCUCGUGAGAUUCGCACCACAGCGCCCCCGCGUGGACGUAUGCGGGAAAUUCGACGGGCGGUAUGAGAAAUACGCCGCUGCUAGCAGUAGCAUUAAACACAAACACGGACUAAAUUUAUUUCCCUUCGCCGCUGCUUCCACCGAGAGGACUUUAUUUGGGCUGCAAGCUUCCUUUUGGACGCCUCGAGACCACCGAAAAGAGCGCCGGAGAAAACCGAACCUCGCUGACUACCGGGCAGAGCCCUCGCGGCCUGCUCCUCUAGUCCGCUUUCCGGUGCAGCUCAGACGGCUAGCGCUGUCACGAGAGACCGAGGCUUCCGCUGCUGUCACUUCCUCGGCCCCAACCGAACCGCAGGAGGCGCGAAUCUUUCUUCGCGAACCCGAACUUUCUCCAGACUCGUCUUUGAAUUAAUCUGUGGUAGCACUGUGGUUUCUUUUAUUUUUAUUCGCCGAAGGGAGCUUUUUGGAUACGCCGCGGCCUCCUGGUUUGUUGUGGGCCGCCAUGAAUCUCGGCGAACAAUAACAAGACGCGGAAGCCGACCGCUCCGGUACCGAGUCCGCCAAAACGGCGACCACUUUUCGAACCGGGACCAACACGCGCGCACUAUGGAAGCACGACGGGGCAGCCGUAAGGAACCGGGUCAUUAUUUGCAGCAGAGCCCCCGUGUGAGGAUCGCUGCCGAGCGGCUGUGAAGUAACCACCGGGCACUAUGCUCCACCGAACCGAACCAGGGCCUCGACUCUGCAUCGACGAUGGAUUUAUUAGGACCCUGAGGAAGAGCAAUUAGAACCCGGACCCUCUAUGUUGUCUUCAAAGCCCCCAGAGUCCAUUCGCCGCGUGUUGUGUUUGUGUUUCCCGGACACUUUGUGGCUGCUUUGAACGCAUCGGAACCGAGCGGACCGGCCGCUGCGAUGAACCCGGUGAACGCGACGUCGCUCUACGUGUCUGCGAGCCGCUCGGUGCUGCAGUGCGACCCCCGAGACCCCCGCGCCUUGGCCGAACUCUGCAAGCUGCUGCCCUUCUUCCGGCAGUCGGUGUCCUGCUUGGUCUGCGGUAACCUUCUCCAGGACCCGAUGGCGCCGACGGACUCGUCGUGCCAGCAUUACGUGUGUCGCGGGUGCAAAGGUCAGCGCAUGCAGCUGAAGCCGUCGUGCAGCUGGUGCAAGGACUACUCGCGCUUCCAGGAGAACCGCCAGCUCUCGCUGUUGGUGCGCUGCUACCGCAAGCUCUGCCUGUACAUCACGCACUCGCCGCUCGCCGCCCAUAUCGCCGGCGCCGCCGGGGACUCGCCCGACUUGCGCGCCGUUCUCAACGAGGGCUUGCGAUUGGCCGAGAGCGAACCGGAAGCGGAGGAGGAAGCGCCGCAGGAGGAAGCGCUGCCGGAGGAAGCGCCACCCCCGGACGCCGUCGGUGAGGACGUCAAUGGCGUGCACGACUGUAACGGACUGACGGCCUCGCCGGAUCCUGGCGGAGCCGUGAAACGGGAGGAGUCAGGCGCGGAGAUUCCGGUGGGGGGCGAGACGGGGCUUUGCGACAUCGGUUUCGGCGAGGAGCUGAAACACGGAGGGGGGCCGCUGCUGUUAAGCGUGGAGGAGGUUCUCCGGACUCUGGACACGGACACGGAACCCGACGACCCGCCCACGCCGCUGUCGGUCAAUGGGCCGAUAUGCCCCGCCCUCCCCCUGGAGAGCAGCUGCCACCCCUUCCGCCCUCAGCCCGCCGCCGCCCCCCUGCCGCGAGGACCCCCUCGCUGCCACCGCAAGCGCUCCCGUUCGGAAAGUGACAGCGAGAAGCUGCGGCCCCUCCCCAUCGACAGCCUCCUGCGGGGACCCGCCCCAGAAGGCGCCCCCGCUGCUAUUUACGACUUCCCCGCAUCGGCGCCCCACUUCCACCCCAACGGCGGCACCCCCAAGGUGGGCAAGGCGGGCGGCAAGCCGGUCAAGAAGGUGGGGGAGCACCACGGGGGCGCCAAGAAGGCCAAAGCCAGGGCCCCCAAGCCCCGCUCACAGCCCCGAGGUCCCCCGCACCCUCACGCGCACCCCCUGAGUCACCCGCCCAGUCCCUCCAAGCCGCUGUAUAAGAAGCCCGUGGAGAAGAAGGGAUGCAAGUGCGGACGGGCUACGCAGAACCCCUCGGUUCUCACCUGUAGGGGGCAGCGUUGCCCCUGCUACUCCAACCGCAAGGCGUGCCAGGACUGCAUCUGCCGUGGCUGCCAGAACUCGUACAUGGCCAACGGCGAGAAGAAACUGGAAGCUUUCGCCGUGCCCGAGAAAGCCCUGGAGCAGACGCGCCUGACGCUGGGCAUCAACCUCACCAGCAUCGCCGCCGCCGCCCUGCGGGGUCCUCCCGGCGCCCCGCCCGGCGCCGCCCUGCUCAACGUGGCGGCCGCCACCGGCUCGCCGGUGGCCACCGCCUUCCUGUCGGCGGCAGGCCACGACGGCCGCUCCUUCGACGAUUCGCUGGAGAUGCACUUUGACUGUUGACCGUCUUCGCCCCCUUUCGCUCACAUUCCCGUCGAGGCGUGUUCGUCCCUCACGUCGGUCGUCGUUUCGCCACGGAUGAUUUGUACGUCCGGAAGACAUAUUAGGAUCCGUUUUAUGAGUUCGGAGGUUUUUUAGCUAGCGAGGGAAAAAAAUGUGACGGGACGCGAAGGAAAAAACCUCCGCCGGCUGACGUGAUGUGAGUUUACGUUUGUCUCGUACGUGUUUAGGCGCUCCCCGUGGUUCUUUAACCCUCGCCAACUUGCUGCUAAAAAAGGACGAAGAAGUAGUGGAUUUGUUUCCCCGACGUGCGUUACGCGAGUAUUUAUUGGACUUUUUUUUUUUGUUGUCUUUUUCCGAGGGUCGCCGUCUUAGCAUUUAGUGUGUGGUGUCGCUUUCGGUUCACUCCCUCCCAUCGUCACCGCCGCCACCACCCGACCUCGCAGGGGCAUUGGAAGAACUGUAAUAUAAAUGUAACAUAUUUCCACAAAAAGAAAAUCAAAUGGUUGGAAGUCUCUUGGUGAGUUUUUUAUGCACUUUUGGGGUUUGUCUACAGGGGGCAGCGCAAUGUCAAAUCAUCACUCUUUAAUUGUGUGGAUAUAUAUUUACCAAAAACACAAUUACAUGUUUGUAAAAAAAGAAAAAAAACUAAUUAAUAAUUAAAAAGUCAGAAAAUCUUUAUUGCACACAUUUACAGAUAAAACAUAUUUACAUUCCUUUUAAUUUACAACUUGCGAGCAAUUUCUAUGGAUUUCUCAGUUUGAAUAUCUGCCACCAAACAAUGAAGGUGCAAUUUUGUUUUCAGGGACUAAAGGUUUCAUGUUUCAUUGCCAGUGACGGCGAUAGACGUCCAAUUUAAUUUGACCGGGAAGGUUAAACGGCAGCCGACGUGGAUCUAGCUUACGAGGAAAGCCCCGAAGAAGCUACUCUUCUCGUCCAUAUCCACGGCGGACGCGUUGGUCACCGUGACAAAGAGGCGGUCGCCGGGGCUGAGGGUGAAGAGCCCCCCCUGGUGGGCGGAGUGCAGCGAGAACUGGGAGUCGCGGGACCAGCACGAGGUCCGGCUAGUCUUCAUCAGCAGGAUGGGAACCGGGUAGCUGCUCACCUGCAGGAAAACGGCUGAUAUUUAGCCGUCUGGCGCUGAAUGGCGAUUUGGCGCCCUCACCUUCUUGUAGAUGUACUGCAGCAAAGGCCUCCCCCGGUCCUCGCCGCCCUCCUGAGCGUCGUCUUCGUCCAGCGAGGGGAUGUGUCGAAAGUAAGUCUGCGCGUAAACGUAGUAGAGGCCCGGCUGCGGGACGACCAGCUCGCCGUCUACUAGCUGGACGUCUUGCAAGAAGGCGAGACCCGUCUCGCCUUCCCACCACGAAAUCUUCUGGCCGUGAACACGACGGACGCCCCCUGUCGUCGCUGUAGAUCGAAGAGGAAAAUCACAGCAUUAGGCUUGUAAAUGUCUAUAAAUGACACUAGAUGGCAGUAUUUCAAUUUAGCAAGGCACGUGUUACCAACAUUGGAUGCCAUUAACAGCGCCAAACGUCCAAUCCAUUUUGACUAGAAGUGGAUGAACAUUCAUUCCCAGUCAAAAUGGAUUAGACAUCUACUUUUGUCAAUGGCAGGCAAUGAGUCAAGCAGGGACAACCUGCACAUUUAAACGUUAGUAAUUUAACUUUAAAAUGUAAUAAGAUAAAAAUUCCAUGUUAGGACAAGACAAAUUUGACAUUACAAAGAUCAAUUUCAUUGAAAACUGGUUAGUUUCACAAUAAAACGUUAGUAAUUUCACUUUAAAAUGUGAUAAAUUCUACAGUAAAACGUAAUAAGUAAUGUUAAAAGUGACAACUUUUGUUAAAAAGCAAUAACUUGUACAUUAAAAAGCAACUUUUACGUUAAAACAUGACAGCUUCAACAUUAAAACAUGACAGUAAUUUAAAAUUUGGUAAACGGUAGUAGUAUAGUAUUGUAUGUGUACAUAUAUAUGGCGGAAAACCGAUGACUGAAAAGCAGUUUCUACCUUUGCACUCCUCUUUAAAAGAAACUGCUGUAUUUUAAGCCAAAAAUACAGUUGUGUUUGAUAGAACAAUAUGUCUAUAUGCUGCCAUAGCAGAUUCAUGGCUCACAAAUUCCCCGAACUAUUGUUCAUUUGUCUGUUUUACCCUGGAAACCCUCAUUUACAGACGUCGCGCAACCGCUUUUGUUUCAACCCAGCCAUAAAACGAAGGUAAUUAUAUUUAUUAUUCAAUAUCUCUGUCAUUUUUAGCUUAGAAUCAUUAACUGAUGUCUAAGAUUUAGUUUAGGAAAA